AUGCCUACCGACAUCGACGACGUCACUACAGCUACGCACGACGAUGGCCCAUCGGCCAAACGCAAACGCCUCCGCAUCCCAAAAUCGUGUCUUCCGUGCUUGAAAGGCAAACGUGCCUGUGAUCGAGGUCGACCAGCAUGCGGACGAUGUGCUCGAUCAGGCCAGGCCAACGACUGCAGCUACGAUCCGCGUCUCCCUCACCAGCCCGCUUCUGGCUCCUCUCGCCAAUCCGGUGUACUCGACGACUCGGACGACGAAGACGACAAAUCGUUCCACGACAGUCGCCGGCUCAGCGCGCUCCAGAACGAGCUGGAAGAGGCACGAAAUGAGACUCGCCGUCUGCAGCAGCUGCUUCGAGCACAGCAGCCUGCCUCAGCAUCCUCUCCGCAUCAUCAGAAUUUUGCAUACAAUCGCCCAUCCAGCAGUAGUACGACGUGGCCGCAUGCAACGGCGGACCGAUACCACUCGCAUUCCAGCUCCCACGAUAUGCACGCUGCUCGUGGUCUUCAGAUGCUUGCUGAGAUCGCAGGGCCACAGCAUCAGGAUGCCGACUCGAAUGCUUUCAAAUCUCGCAUACUGCAUUGGUCAGGUCCUGCGUCACACCCUUCCUCCUCAUCUCAAUCUCAGGCAUCCCCGAACGAGAGAACCGCCUCGUCUUCGAUCGAAUCUUCGCGGCCGAGCGACGGCAAUGGUGCUAGCAGCUCUUCCUCCCCCGUCGAUCGACUCGUACAUGCAGCUAGCUCGUCGGCCAUUUACAAGGAUCAGUUCCAACGUCGCACAUCCAAUCUCAACAGCAACGACCUCGAUUCGCCCAAAAACAUAAAUGGUACUCCUAUGUACUAUGGUGACACCUCGUCCGGCGACAAAGUCCUUCGCAAAGUUGCUGCCACCACUGCUGGCUCUUCACGCGCCACCACAGACAACCCCAGCUCCAACAUGCAGGAGACCAUGGCACGCAGGGACAUGCAGUCUGCCUUCAACAGCGUUCUCGACCCCUCCCGCGAUACCUUCCCUUUUGCAACCAUCUGGAGCUCAGGCACAGCCUUCAUCGACGAGGUCUUGCCUUUCUUCCCCAAGCCAGACGAUUUCGAUAGCAUCUGUGCCUCGUUCGUUCGCCACUUUUCCGCCAUGUGUCCUGCCCUGACCAUACCCACCGCCAUCGAUCACGCAAAGGCUUUCUCCAGAAUGUCGCGCAAGCAGCAAUCGCAGGUGUCGCUGCCCUGGUUCGCCGUGUUCCUCAUGAUCUGCGCCCUUGGCAAGAAUUGCGACCUCGAGAGCACCACCGUCAGCGUCGACCGCAAAGUAAGGAUGCUCGACGCUUUCCUCACUGGCGAAGCGUCUCAGCAGCCUAGUCGUAACGUCAGCAGAGCCUCCUCACCUGUGGCCGCGCUGCAUCAUGAAGCAGCAUCGAGUCAGCCUAGCACCGCAGACUUGCAGCACCCGCCAUCGAAUGUAAAUGCGAGGUCGCCGGCUAUGGUCUCGGACCUCUUCCUCUCGGCUGCAUACCAGUCGCUCCGCCUCUGUUCGUUCCUUUCCGCACCUACGCUGCAGACCAUCCAUUCGCAGCUCCUCAUUGGAGCGUACCUGCUCAACACCGAACGCGCUGCCUCCUUCUGGCCGCUCCUCGGCUCGGUCGCUCGUCAGGCGCAGUCGAUUGGACUCCACGUCGACCCGUACAAGAUGAAACCCGAAUGGGACCCGGUCGAGGCCGAUACGCGACGACGCCUCUGGUGGGCCGUCGUUCACCAGGACGUCAUCCUCUCGAGCAUCUUUGGCCGUCCUCUGGGCAUCACUCGCUUCAGCUGCCGUUUUCCUGGCACCAGAGGCGUCGGCGACACAUCUGGCGCCAUCACCUACGCCAUUCUGCAAUGCGAAUUUAGCCAGCUGGCGCGCACCUAUCUCGACGAGAACCAAGAUCGUAGCUGGAGUCAGACACGAAUCAUCGAAUUCACCGAGCAAGUUCUGCAGUGGUACAUGCACAUCCCCGAUCGGUACCGACCUGAUCUCGGCCGCAUCGACUUGCUUGGUUCCGAGACGGAGGAGGAGGCCAUCCACAAUUACCAUGCCGCGGGCGUCGAUAUCAAGACGAAAGGCCUUAUGGAGGUGCACCAAUCGGGCAACCUUGCUGUCGAGGUGUUCUACAUGAUUUUGGCGCUGCAUCGAGCCAACCUGUUUCCCAACGCGGAUGCGGAUGCCGACGCCUCGAGCAAACCGACGGGCGGCAACGCGUCGGUCAAUCCGGCCAGAGCAGGUGCAGGCGAACUCAACCAAGUCUCGCUCCACAUCUGCGCCCAAGCGCUCCGCCGCAUCACGCGAGCACAAACGACCAUGAUCGACCUGCUGGGCCGUGCGCGCGCGACCAUGUUCUGGAAGAUCGCGUACUACACCUACCAAGCCGCCAUCGCCGGUGCGUACAUCGUCUUUGUCAAUCCUCAGAGCAAGCAUGCCGAGUCGGCGUUGGAGGAUCUGGCGAUCCUGACGGAUUUCUUCGAUAGGAUGCCGGAGAAGUGGACGGGACUCAAGAUGGCAAAACCGGGAUUGAGGGUGUUGAGGAAGCUCGCGGUGGCUGCGAGGGAGACGCCGGAGGCUGCGAGCAUGGCUGUGAGGAGCUCGGUGCAGCAGCAGCAGCAGCAGCAGCAAGGUGCGGCAGGGGGGAUGGAUCCGGUCAGUUCGCCGAUCACGAACGGAUUUGGGUACGGCGGUGGACAGCAGCAGGACGGAGCUGGUGCGAGUUCGGAAGGCCAUACGGCCGUAUCUUCUGGACUUGCCGGCGAGUUGCACGCUACCGCAACGCCAUCCUCGCAUCUCCCGCUCACACCCGGUGGCGGUGGAGGAAGCGAUACGUCGCAAAUGGCAUUCAACUCGCAAUCCGCCUUUCUACCGCCUAUCUUUGGUUCGUCGUUCCUGUCGCCGACAGCUGGUGCGCAGUCUGUGAUGACCGCUUCGCCUUUUGGUGGAUCCAGCUCGAACAACACUUUCGGGGGUGCGGUUUCGGAGCCCACGAGUUUGUUCGCUGGAGCGUUGGCUGCGUCGUCCGGAUCGCCGCUCGCUCGGUCGCUCGCGAGCGUUCCUCUAGUGACUCUGUUCAACAACACGUACGAUCAGCAGGAGAACACGACGGGAGGUGCACCGAAACAGUCCUUCUGCUACGAUCCGUUCAUACCCGAUCCGACGACGACGUUUGGAAAUACUGCGGCGAGCAGUGGGAAUGAGAAGAGUUCGGCUUCGCCGUCGGAUCGACAGGGGAGCAGUUUGAGUUCUCCGGCGACGGCGUUGAGCGGGAACAGUGGGGUGCAGAACGGAGCGGUGGGGGUUGGUGAGGAGUCGUCGGGAGCGGAGGGGAAGGCGAGGGCGGUCGAGGGAAAUGGUGGAGCGGUGCAGCAGGAUGUGGCAGCGAUGAAUCAGAAGGAGCUGGCGAAUUACUGGUCCGAGUACUUCAGCCUGCAGUUGGAUUGGGAUCGUUUGACUGGCCUUGCUUAA